UCAUCCGGACCACUGCAGAAACCCUCUUCCCAUCUGGUAGAAGGACGACAUCCCGUAGCAUUUGCCUGAUAUUCGAUAUCUGGCCCAAGGAUAUAAACAGCAGGUGUAACUCCUUUUUUACGACAGUUUGUGACAAAAUCCAAUUUUUAACAAUUUUCUCCUUGCCUAGCAGAAAAGUUGAAUAAGUUUGAAGAUGAAGUUCUUCGUUUGCGUUGCUCUGUUGGCGGUGGUUCCUGCUGUUUUUGGUGUUAAUAACUGGUCAUACCAUACCCAAGAAACCUGGCCUCUCAUUUCGGGUAGCCAAUGCAAUGGUAACUCCCAGUCGCCCAUCAAUAUCAACUCCAGCAUCGCCACCACCACUGAUCUCGGUUCCUUCGUGCUCGAUGGCUAUACCGACGAAAACACUAACAUGGAUUUGGUAAACAACGGGAACAAAAUUGUCAUCCAAUUUCAUGAUGACGUUGAGGACUUAUACAAGCUUUCUGGGGGCGGUCUCCCUACUACCUACACAGCUACCCAUAUUCACUUCCACUGGGGGUCUAUGAACUCUGGAGGCUCGGAACAUCAGAUUGACAGCACUCCCUACCCUGCUGAGUUGCACGUGGCUCACUACGACAAGUCCAAAUACGCCGAUCUCACGGCAGCUGUGACCAGCAUGCAGUGGGAUGCAGCCACCAUACUGGGUGCAUUUAUUGAGGUUGGCGAACAUAACACUGCUUUCGAUCCCUUCCUGAGUCACAUCAGCCAGAUCGCCAAUUACUCCUCUGGCGUCACCUCCCUGGGCCAGGGCAACCUCCCAUCGUUCCCAAUCCGCAGCGUCUUGCCAUCUGACCUGUCGAAGUUCUACCGUUACAAUGGUUCCAAGGCGGUGCCCGAUUGCAACGAGGCCAUCAUCUGGACCAUCUUUACAGACACGAUCUCUAUCUCCCAGGCUCAGCUUGACAUAUUCCGCACCGUGUACGGCGAGCAUGCUGACGCACAAGGCAAUUACGAAGUCGUCGACAACUACCGCUACCUUCAACCUCUGAAUGGCCGCACAGUCUAUUACAGCAGACCUACUCCCGAGUCUACUGAUGGCGGUGCAGUCACCAUCUCACCGAUGAGGGCACUGUUUAUCGUGGCACUUACAAUUUGUAUGUUGUUCAAUCGCUUUUAGGUUUAAUCAGACACUGACGUGAUUUUUUUUUCUUCUUCUUACUGGGGAAUUAAGUUAUUACGGAUUCAACAAAUAUGAAUAAUUAAACACAAUAUUCCUGUCAAAUCUAACAGCUUUCACUGAUGGGGGGGGGGGGGGGGUGGUGG